AACAUGCAACUAAUUAACCCAAUCAUGCAAGCAAUAUAUAUGCAAACAAAACUAUUAUCACUCACAAUUAAUAAAAACAGAAAUAAAAAAAUAAAAAAAAAAACCUGGUCAAAAGCUAGAAAGAAGAUGAGUCAAUUAAGAACAUGAGCAGAGCAGGUCAGGAUCUAGGGUCGUAAACAGGUCGUCGAUGGGUCAGAUGUGGUCGUCUUUAGUGCUCCAAAAGCUGCCGUUUGGAUUGGACCAUGCUUGGAAUUAUUGCGGAUGUGUACUGUCGAAUGGAAUGCCAAAUUGUUUUUCUUGCUUUGGAAUUUCUCUUGAAUACUUCUUGAUGCUUGGCGUUGAUGUUGAUUGCUUGAAUGUCUGCUGCCGAAUUGCUCUCUUAUUGCUCGGUGAUUGCUUCUUCUUGCUUCUUCGAUUCUGCUUGAUGCGUCUAUUGCCCUCCUUUUUUAUUCACAGUAUCUUGAUUCCUGGCUUUAAAAGAGAUGACGGGCAGCAGAAAUGAGCUGAACUGAGAUGUACGUAACUGAGUUGGAACGGACAGAAGGACCGGUAGCAAGUUGUGCCAAAAAGUUAUUCUAGAAAUAAUCUAACAAGUUAUAAAUUCACACACAUGGAAGAUAUUUAUUUGUAUUAAGGCUACUACAACACAGCAGCUGCAGCAGGCAGCCAUUGCAGCGGCAAAACCAGCUGUAACAUUCGAGAGUAAAAGUCGCAGCAGCAGCUGUUCAAGUUCUUUGGGAUUCAGAUAAGGCCGAUCUGUCUGAGUUAUUGAAAAACUGUUCAAAUGUUCUCAACAUCUUUAGAUAGUUUGUUGUAUUUUAAAUUAAAAUCACUUUAGUACAGAGGAUAAGCCUAGCCUUAUCUAUGUAACUUAAACUCUGUGUAUAUAUGUGUUCAUUUUAAUAGAACCGAAUGAAUAAGUUUGCUUUUUCAACCAAAUUAUACUGUCUUUACGAUUUGAACUGGGCAAUCUAACAUUAAACAAAUAAUUUACUAUUUCUACAAGGCUGCUCAAAGUGGCUUACUUUCAUAGCAAAUCUGAAAACCACGUCCAUAAAAAGUCAAUAAAAGUAGUGCUUAAUGCAUACAAUUGAAAAGAGAAGAAAUAAAGAGUAGCACAGUGCCUAAAUUAUAAAGAAAACGGAAAAUACAAAGAGCAGAAGUUCAACGAAGGCAAACUUGGAAGCAGCAGCAGCAGGUCCCAAUGCAACAGCGGAAGAAGCUAAGCGACCCCGAGCACGAGGGCGCCCUUUAAUAAACCGGCCACCUCCUCUGCCUCUGGCACCACUACCUCCACCUCCUCUGCCAGCUUUUCCAGACACUGAUGAUGGUACCAUCAAAACAAAAGCAAUGACCAUGACAAUUACAAAUAUGUUUGUGAUCUUCAGAGCUGAGACCCUGUUCAUCUUCGUUCUCAUAAGUGAGACCUCAAAAACAGCGUCUAAUAAACAGAGUGAUUGAUGCUUAGACAGACAGCUGAGAAGAGUUGGAGUGGGAAAAUAACGCUGGCUUGCUUCUUUAACAGGGGA